CGAGGAGGUGGAGACGCUUCUGGCUGCGUUCACUAAGGAUAAGAGCGACGCUGGUUUGCAGGCUGCACUUUCACUAUAUAACUCAACCUGGGAACCAACGCCCAGCCAAGAGAGCAUCAAGAAAACCCUCGUGGACAUUGAAACAGACUUCCUCUUCCUGGCUUCUACUCAGGCUGCACUACACCGUCAUGCUGACAACGCAAAAACUGGCCGUACCUACUCCUACCUUUUCAAUGAGCCCAACCAGAGGACAGGCAUUAUCAAACCCUUGGCUAGCUGGAUGGGAGCCAACCAUAUGGACGAUGUGCCUUACGUGUUCGGAAAGCCUUUUACGGCACCAUCGCUGUAUUCAGCCAGCCAACGGGACCUCUCUGGCUACAUGAUCGCCUACUGGACAAACUUCGCCAGAACAGGGUAAAAAUCUUCCGAUACAAGACAUAGGAUCAUCACAGAAAUCAAACAAACCUUAAUUAGAUAUUGAAGCCAAGGCAAGUUUAUUUAUAAAGCGCCUUUCAACAAGAGGCAAUUCAAAGUGUUUUACAAAAAUGAAAGACAUUAAGAGAAUUAAGAAACAUAUUAUAAAAUGGCAUUUAAAAACACUAAUUUAAAAGCAAAGACAAUACAACUUGAAUAACAAAGGUACAUGAAUUAAAGUAACAGUGCAGUGUGAGAUACACACAUCUGACAUGUUUAGCUCUGACUCUCAAUCAUUGCUCACUUUUUAGCAGAAAG